GCUGAAGCUAGCGCUUGAAGUGAAGUGGUGACGCAUCGCGUGCGUCCGUGUCGUGUCGUGUAGGCUGCUGGGCGUUACUCCCGUCACCCGCACUGCAACUCAACUCCAAUUUCUCGCAGGCUAUCUGGAUUAUCUCUGAGAGGACCAAAGCAAGAGGCCUAACGUUAACCCUCAACAACAAACAAUCACCAUGAGCUACCCAGGAUACCCAUCACAGGGCUACGGUGGCGCAGGGCCUUCGUACCCUCCGUACCCCAACUCUCACCCCUACCCCCCGCCUCAGCACGCUACUACAAACUUGAGCUACCCUGGUAUUGGCUUCCAGGCACCACAGUCUCCUUAUCCAUCACAAGGUGCCAUGCCCCAGCCAGGUGGCUAUCCUUCUCAAAUGCCUUACCCACCUGCUGGGCCUCAGGCUGCAGCUCCUCCUUCCUAUCCGCCUUAUCAACCUCAGCCUCCUCCCACUGUCAGUCCAUAUGGCUCUGCCACUCCGUACCCACUCUCAAGUAAUCAGCAUGCUCCAACCCCCAGCCCGUAUCCCCCUGCCCCCAGUUCCUACCAUUCCACUCCUAGUCCCUAUCCACCAGCAGCUUCGAAUUACCAACCGCCCAUCCCCCAAGCUUCGAUGCAUGGCAGUCCUUACGCUCACUCCCAACCAGCAAACAUGUACCCUUCUGGGCCCAGUUCUCACAGCUUGACAGUCAGAAAGGGUAACCCCACCGUGCACCCUGUCCAACCAUUUGACCCACGAUCAGAUGCUGAAGUGUUGCGCAAAGCUAUGAAGGGAUUUGGCACGGAUGAGAAGGCCAUCAUAAAUGUUCUUGCUCGCAGAAGUAAUACACAGAGGCAGGAGAUUUUACUGCAAUUUAAGACUUUGUAUGGGAAGGAUUUGAUUUCCAAUCUGAAAAGUGAACUAAGCGGCAAGUUUGAGGACUUGGUUAUUGCAUUGAUGAAACCUCACUAUGAAUUCAUGGCAAAAGAGAUACAUGAUGCCCUGGCAGGCAUUGGUACUGAUGAAGAAACUGUUAUUGAAGUUGUCUGCUCGGCUACUAAUGGAGAGAUUCAUGCUAUAAAAUCAGUUUAUCAGAACAUGUAUGGCAGAAGCUUGGAAGGAGACCUGAAAGGAGACACAUCUGGCAAUUUCAAGCGACUCAUGGUUUCCUUGUGCAUGGGAAAUCGCAGUGAAGACUAUAAUGUGGACCCUGCUGCUGCUCAGGCUGAUGCACAGGCAUUGUUGCGUGCAGGUGAACUCAGAGCUGGAACUGAUGAAUCAGCUUUCAAUGCUGUGAUAUGCCAACGCAGCUACCCUCAGUUGCAGGCUGUUAUGCAGGAGUACCAGCGUAUCACUGGGCAUAGCCUUCUGAAGGCUGUCAAGCACGAGUUUUCAGGUGACAUUGAAGAAGGACUCAUGACUAUCUUAAAAUGUGUGGAAAAUCGUCCUGCAUACUUUGCUGAGCGCUUGUACAAGAGUAUGAAGGGUUUGGGUACAGACGAUCGAUCGCUAAUUCGAUUGGUGGUCAGCCGGUGUGAAGUUGACAUGGGUGAUAUCAAGACAGCAUUCGAAGCAGCCUACGGCAAGACACUUGCAAGUUUUAUUUCAGGAGAUUGUUCAGGACACUAUGAAAAGUGUCUACUGGCUCUCAUCGGUGAAUACUAAAUAUUGACCAUUUCCAUUCUUUAAGGAUAUCUUUUUUCUCUCUUUUUAAAAAUUUAAAUUAGGCUUUCCUUUAUUGACUCAAAUUUACCCUACUUUGAAUUUGUUAAACUUCAUGUGUGACAUGAAUCUCUAUGGUCUUUUCUGACAGUGCUGAUAAAUGGUAUUUGAGAGAGAAAUUUUUGUGAGCAAAAUUGUUUGUGAGUCUGUACAGAGCUUAUAAAAUCCUAUUCUAAGUACAAGUUUUUAAAAACUGUAUAUUUUGAAACCUGUUUUGCUUGUGAAAAACAUUGUGAUUUAAUUGCCAAAUUUUCCUGUUGAACUGUCAGCAAUUUUCCAAUAAGUUGAAUACUAAGUUGAAUAGCUCUUGCCUGAAGUUUUAACCAUAAACAGUGCAUCUUAGCCAGUCUUUUAAAAGUGGUUAUAGCCAUUUUACAUUGGGGAUUUGUUUUCUUUGCACUUUUUGCUAUACUGCUUUUUUAUAGCAGUGUGGGCAGAAAUCCUUGUAGGUAUUGCAGGGACCAUUGCACUGUUUUCCUUUGCACUUUCAGGUGUAGUGUAAUUCCUUGUUGUCUAUGAGUAACCAGUAGUAUUAAUAAUUCAGAUACUAAAUUUAAUUGUAGUUUGGAGUUCUGUCUGUCUGCUUUUGACAACUACCUAAUGUGUAUUGUAAGUUGAUCUAUGAGCUAAGAGGUUUGGAUUUUUUAACUUUUGCACUUUCAGCUGGGAUUGAAAGCUUCAUCAGUUUUUAAAAUUGAGUGUGAUAACUUUUUAUGUCUGGUUGAUCCUACAUGUGUUGGAACUAGUAUUGGAACGAAGUACAAUUGAGGUUUUUAGAUAGAAGAGAUUUUUCCCUUUGUCUUGUCAUUUUUCCAUUUUCAUUGAUCUGUGAUGUUUGAAACAUGUGUGCCUUUGUAAUUGGGUAUAUAUUUCUAAGUUAAUUUAAAAAUAUGAACAAAACAAUUUUUUUCUGUUUGAACGAGUGGACAGUACCUUGUGAUAUCAAAACAUUUUGCAUUUGAAAUUGUUUUGGACGAUUGAUUUCACCAUCAGCUCUCAUGUGCCUCAGGUCAGUGCUGUUAUGCAAGUUUUUCUAAAAUUUAUUUUAUGAACGUGUUGAACACAGUUAAAUUUCAAUAAAAGAUCGAAAACUAUUA